AUGAGAGCUACUGCAGCUGAGCAAACACAUCACUUUUCUGACAUGCAGCUCUUUCUCUUCAAUAGCCUACUUUUACUGGAGGCGCUUCUACCACUGUCUGUUCUGCAUUACGGUUACACCAUCGUGUCCAUAAUUAACAGCAUCCUGAAGGAUGCACCACAAUACUUGGCCACAUACGCUAAAAAAUUCCAUAUGGAAUCUGUUGAAAGCUUUGCCCGCUCUUGCCCCGUUUCGUUCUACGAGACUCUGGUCAAUGGAGAGGUCGCGAAGAAAGUGGAAAUUUCGAAAAUGAAGUUGGAUGUUUCUGUACGCGUGAAAAAGACUGUGCAUCCUGAGGUCAAACUGGAAUUUUCAGCAUCGGUUUUCGAAGAUGCAUAUGUCUAUACGAAGUGUUUCCUAACAAUACCAGCUAUAUAUCUCAAAAGCAUUAUCAUCAGUCAAGUCGCGAAGAAAGUGGAAAUUUCGAAAAUGAAGUUGGAUGUUUCUGUACGCGUGAAAAAGACUGUGCAUCCUGAGGUCAAACUGGAAUUUUCAGCAUCGGUUUUCGAAGAUGCAUAUGUCUAUACGAAGUGUUUCCUAACAAUACCAGCUAUAUAUCUCAAAAGCAUUAUCAUCAGUCAAGUAAAAACAGUGAUUAAAAGUAAGCUUCAGGCCUUCAUAUCCGCCCUCGAAUAA